UUAAAGCCACUGAUAAACAUGGACUGUCCACGACUACAACAGUGCAGAUCGAAGUAAAACAAAGUGUACAUCGUGACAGCCCGUAAACCAGCCCGUAUACAUAGUGGAGAAAAAGAUUCCAGAGAUGGAAGAAUCCAUGGAGAAAGUUUUAGGCUGGACUGUGAAAGUCCUCAGUGUGAGAGGUGAGGAUGGGAUUGAGAUGCGCUCCAUUCUCAGAGAAUCUACAGACAAAACUUACGUCAGUUUCAUUGCAAUGGACUCCAGUGGAGCUGUCAUCAAAGCCACAGAGGUCAAAGAGAACCUGAACACUGAGCUCAAAGCUUUAACAUCUGAACUGGAGAAGGUUUUUGGUCCUGGUUUGGAAAUCAAAGUGGAGGACAGUCCUGGAAACCCUGAAGAUCCCGGUAAAGCAGUUGCAAUCGCUCUAGGUGUUCUGCUGGCUAUAAGCAUUGUGACUUUUUCAUCGUCGAUUAUCUAUCUUAAGAAAACAAAAUAUUCUGACAGACAAAGUUUAAAUCCUGGCAUUGGUUUAAAUGAAAAGAGAAACAGUAUUGACCACCUUGCUGACUUUUACACAAACCCAGAUUCCAGAGAGGUAAAGGUUGAUGAUAGUAACAUAUGACAGAGAAUCUGAGAAUGGUGGAAACAGCAUCUGCCCUCUGAAAACUCCCUGAUGGAUCAAAGCUCCUCACUUCUUCUCAGUAGUGCACAAGACUUCAUGAACUUAUGUCUUGAUUGAGACACAUUUACAGCCCUGAUCCUAAACUUGAGAUGCCUUUGUAGGCAGCAAUUUAAGGGUUGAGUUCCCAACAUGGAGGAAACAGCAUAAGUAUCAGGGCUUCUAAAGACAGAAACAGGCUCUGGGCUACAGCAUUACAGGAUUAACAUCUUUGAUCAUCAGUUCCAGGAUCAGCUGUCAUGUGACUCACGAUGACAUACUCAAGUCACAACAUACACAACACAGGGUGAAUUCCCUUCAAAGAGGAGAGCAUCGCUCUGCUCCACUCAUUAUGUAUUACUGUCUCAAAAGUGGCUGUAUGGAUCACCAGACAUGAAGCCAGAUGUCACUGACACUUUAGAAGCAGGAGUGUUAGAAGCAGAUUUCAUAUUGAAAAAUACAGCUGUUAAGACAGAUGUAGCUGUCCUGUAAGCACAAACAGGAGAACAUGGUGCUUGUAGUGCCACUGUCACUGGACUGAGUCCCAAGAAAUACAA